UUUUAUUCUGAAGGCUGUGGCUGAGAACGCAAAGCCGGAAGUAGUCACAGGAUACAGGAAACUGUCGCUGCAGUCCAGCUGCUGUAAACUUCUUUUUCCGUGUCCAGGUGCUGAUCGACCCGUUGUUCCUGUCUGCCUCAGGCAACCAUGUCUCGUGCCCGUCAGCCCCCUCUGGUCACUGGCAUCUCGCCCAAGGAGGGUGCGGCUUGGACCAAAGUCACCAUCCGUGGAGAAAACCUGGGCACAGGCCCAGCCGAUCUCAUCGGUCUGUCGAUCUGUGGCCAUAACUGUCUGCUGACAGCCGAAUGGAUGUCAGCCAGCAAGAUAGUGUGCCGCGUGGGUCCUGCCAAAGACGACAAGGGAGAGAUCAUCGUCACCACCAAGUCUGGAGGUCUCGGCACCUCCACGGUCUCAUUCAGACUGCUCAGGCCAGAGAGGAUUGGUAUCCUGGACCAGUCUGCUGUGUGGGUGGAUGAGAUGAACUACUACGACAUGAGGACCGACCGCAACAAAGGCAUCUCCCCCCUCUCCCUGCGACCCAGCAAUCCACUGGGCAUCGAGUUAGACAAAGGCAAAAUCCCACAGAAAGACAUGGAGGUGACAUUUCCUGGAAUGAGUGGAGACUUUACCAGUGAGAACUUCUCUGCCACCUGGUACCUCAUAGAAAACCAUUCAGGCUCCAGUUUUGAGCAGUUGAAGUUUGCAGCCAGUAAUCUGAAGAAGCAGGCUACUAAGAAGAAUGAGGGAAGUCUGGCCUAUGUGAAAGGAGGCCUCAGUACAUUCUUUGAGGCCCAGGACGCUCUGGCAGCGAUCCACCAGAGGCUGGAGUCUGAUGGUACGGAGAGAGUGGAGGGAUCAAUGACCCAACGACUAGAAAACAUCCUUAACAGAGCGAGUGAUACUGCAGAUACUCUUUUCCAGGAGGUCUUGGGGCGGAAAGACAAAGCUGACUCCACACGCAAUGCACUCAACGUCAUACAACGUUUCAAGUUUCUCUUCAACCUGCCACUCAACAUUGAACGCAAUAUCCAAAAGGGUGAUUACGAUGUGGUGAUCAAUGACUAUGAGAAAGCCAAAUCUCUCUUUGGCAAUACUGAGGUCCCUGUUUUCAAAAAAGUGUACGCUGAGGUUGAGACGAGGAUCGGAGCUCUGAGGAGUCUGUUAUUGGAGAAACUACUGCAGACCCCGUCAACACUGCACGACCAGAAGAGAUACAUCAGGUACCUGUCUGACCUGCACGCUCCAGGCGACCCAGCAUGGCUGUGCAUCUACGCUCAGCACAAGUGGAUCUUGCAGCUGAUGCAAAACUGCAGAGAUGAGUUCAUCAGUGGCCAGAGAGUGGAUGUCGGAGCUCUGGACCCGGAGGGGGAUACCCGUCCAUCGGCCCUCGGCAGGCUCAGCCACACUGCGUCUCUGAAGAGAGGGAGCAGCCUGCGAACACCUCGACCCAGCACCUGGCGCUUUGAAACCCCACAGCAGGUGCAGUUUGUGGAGAAGCUGUCAGAUGUGGUGAUUGGUCAGUUACCCAACUUCUGGAAGCUUUGGAUCUCUUAUGUUAAUGGAAGUCUUUUUAGUGAGACUGGAGAGAAAUCUGGGCAGGUGGAAAAAUCCAAGAAGAAUGCCAGACAGAAACAGAAUGACUUUAAAAAAAUGAUUGAGGAGAUGACCCAUCGGCUGGUGAAGCUUGUUCGGGGGGCUCUUCUCCCCACCACUCUGCCACAGGCGGAGCUGAGUCUUUACGGAGGCUGGGAGAACAAGACGGAGCUCACUGGAGCCUGGCUUACACAAAUCAUACACACCGUCAGGGGUUGUCACGAGGCUCUGUCGGCUCUGGAGAUCCCAAAUGAUUUGCUGCAGGUGAUCCAGGAUCUGCUGCUGGAGUUGAGAGUUCACUGCCUCAUAGUGACUCUGCUGCACACUACAGAAGACGUCAAGAGGCUCGCUGAGAAGGAGGACUGGGUUGUAGAUAAUGAGGGAAUCACCAGCCUGCCGUCACAGUUUGAACAGUGCAUGGUCCAGAUGCUGCAGUCACUCAAAGAGCCCCUGGAGAUCAAACCUGGAGAAAUCAAUGUGCUGCAGUUGGACCAGGUCCAGGACCAGGCCACAGAGCUGAGUGUGAGCAUCAUGAAGGUUUUCAUAAACUGCUUGGAGCAGCUGAGCACUAAAACAGAUGGAGACAUUGAUACAUCUCACAACAUUUCAGUGGACAUGUCCUCACCAGAUCGAUUUCCUGGCGUUCAAGAGGGCUUCAGUCCAACAUCUGAGCAGCGUCUACUGAUCAUCCUCAGUAACUGCCAAUACCUGGAGAGACGCACCUUCCUGAACCUGGCCGAUCACUUUGAGAAACACUGCUUCACAGGGACCGAGAAGAUCACACGGGUGAGUGUGGACGCUGUACGAGAGCUGGAUAGAAAACUCUUUGAGGCCUACAUUGAGAAACGAGCUGACCCGAUUGCAGGCUCUCUGGAGCCCGGCAUCUACGCUGGAUACUUUGACUGGAGAGACUGCCAAACACCUACAGGUGUAAGGAACUACCUGAAGGAAGCUCUGGUCAACAUCAUCACAGUUCAUGCUGAGGUCUUCACAGUCUCAAAGGACCUGGUACCUCGGGUUUUGUCUAAAAUUGUUGAGUCAGUUGCGGACGAGAUGUGUCGUCUUAUGCAAUGUGUGUCCUCCUUCAGCAAAAAUGGAGCCCUGCAGGCUCGACUUGAACUCUGUGCUCUGAGAGAUGCCAUAGCUGCAUUCCUAAACACUGAAAGCAAUGCCAGUUUCAAACUGGCUUUGGACGCCCUUCCUCAGCUACACAGCGGAGCUGAUAAGAAGUUAUUGGAAGAGCUGUUGAACAAGUUUAAAAGCAGCAUGCAGCUCCAGCUCACCUGCUUCCAGCCCUCCUGCAUCCAGCCUGUAAAGAGAUAAACCCAUUCCACUCUAUCUACCACUACACUGCACUCUCUUUGAUUCUUCCGUAUGUGCAGUCAGCUAAGGAACUUUAUCUUUUCAGUUAUCACUUUUUUCAGUGUCACUUUCAAUUUCUGCUUCACUAGAUUGGACACAAACGUCUGUUCGUCUUAUCUCAAAGAAACUAAAUGAGUUGAUUUCAUUGUUACUGUGGAGGACAGUCCCAGUCAUGUUGGUUAUGCUAAUCACAUAGAGCCACUCAUGUAGCUAUCAGACAGUGUGCAAAUGGCUUACUGGCUUGUUCCAAGAAAGUCAGCAGUAGGAUGAAGGCUGUGACCAAGCUGGAGUCUCCACUGUCUCUGCUCAGACUGAAUGUGUCCUAAUCAUUUGGAGAAUGUGUUGAAGAUUUAAAGUUGCUGUUGAUGCUUUGUACUGUUCCGUCUCUAUUGCCCAAUAAAGUAAGAAAAUGUACCGUUAAA